GAAGAAAAUUUAAAAAUGAUGGCUUCCUUCCAACGUUCCAACAGUCAUGACAAAGUGAGGAGGAUUGUUGCUGAGGAGGGUCGUACAGCAAGAAACCUGAUAGCUUGGAAUGUUCCACUAGAAAGCAAAGAUGAUGAUGGAAAACAUAAAGGUCAAACUGGUGGAAAAUCUAAGAGGACAAUUCAAAGCACUCACAAAAUCUCUAAACAGAGUACAGACUGUAAAAUAACAUCCACAGCUGGAGAGAAACAUUUUGAUAAAAGUCCCACAAAAGCAAGGCACCCACGGAAAAUUGACCUAAGAGCUCGCUACUGGGCAUUUCUUUUUGAUAAUCUUCGCCGUGCAGUAGAUGAAAUCUAUGUGACUUGUGAAUCGGAUCAGAGUGUGGUGGAAUGUAAGGAGGUGCUAAUGAUGCUGGAUUACUAUGUGAGAGAUUUCAAAGCAUUGAUCGACUGGAUUCAACUUCAGGAAAAGUUGGAGAAGACAGAUGCUCAAAGCAGGCCAACCUCACUGGCAUGGGAAGUAAAGAAGAUGUCUCCAGGUCGUCAUGUGAUUCCGAGCCCAUCAACAGAUAGAAUGAAUGUAACAUCAACUGCAAGAAGAAGCUUAAAUUUUGGGAGUUUACCUGGCACAGUAACUGCCACAUGUCUGGCUCCUACAGGUGUCAGUUGGGCAGACAAGGUAAAGGCUCAUCAUACUGGCUCUGCCACGUCUGAUGUAACAUCUGCUCAACCCUGUGCACCAACAACAGUGCAAAAGACUUCCCGCAAAAAUGAACGGAAAGAUGCUGAAGGAUGGGAAACUGUUCAGAGAGGAAGGCCAGUUCGUCCCCGAUCCACAGCAGUGAUGCCAAGGGUUUCACUAGUGACAGAAACUGUAAAGUCAAAGGAUGACAGUGAUAAGGAAAACGUAUGCCUUUUACCUGGAGAAAGGACACAGAAGGGUGAUCUUGUUGAUGAUAGACCUUCUGUUGUUGAAUCUCCAUCCAAAGACUCAUUCCAUCCUUCCGACCGUCCCCUCGCUGAGAGAACUCAGUUCACAGUGAGUAUAUUGGAUGAUGUCAAGAAUUCUGGUAGUAGUCAAGACAGUUCAGUGCAUACUUCUGAAAUACCAGCUGUUCACAGUGAUGCCGUGUGCCUUGCUGUUACUCAACAAGCCACCUCAGCUUUGCCAACAGAUAAAGACAGAGUUCUGGCAGACAAAGUAGGAAUAGUGAAUGAGACAGACCCUUCAGAUAUUUCAAAUGUGAGUGCUGCUGACUUGUCUAUGGCAGAAGUUCUCGCUAAAAAAGAAGAGCUAGCAGACCGCCUAGAGAAGGCGAAUGAAGAAGCCAUUGCCAGCGCCAUAGCUGAAGAAGAGCAGUUAACUAGAGAGAUCGAAGCUGAAGAAAACAAUGACAUUAGCAUCGAGACUGACAAUGACAGUGAUUUUUCCGCUAGCAUGGGCAGUGGGAGUCUAUCCUUCUGUGGUAUGUCUAUGGAUUGGAAUGAUGUUCUUGCAGAUUAUGAAGCUCGUGAAUCUUGGCGUCAAAAUACAUCCUGGGGGGAUAUUGUAGAAGAAGAGCCAGCUAGACUUCCAGGGCAUGGAAUUCACAUGCAUGAAAAACUUUCUUCACCAUCUCGUAAAAGGACUAUUGCAGAAUCUAAGAAGAAAUAUGAAGAGAAGCACAUGAAAGCUCAGCAGUUAAGGGAAAAACUACGUGAGGAGAAGACACUAAAGCUUCAAAAGUUGUUGGAAAGGGAAAAAGAUGUUCGAAAGUGGAAGGAAGAAUUACUAGAUCAACGGCGUAGGAUGAUGGAAGAGAAAUUACUUCAUGCUGAAUUUAAACGAGAGGUACAGCUACAAGCAAUUGUGAAGAAGGCUCAAGAGGAAGAAGCUAAGGUAAAUGAGAUUGCAUUCAUAAAUACCCUUGAAGCUCAGAAUAAACGCCAUGAUGUUUUAUCAAAAUUGAAGGAAUAUGAGCAGAGGCUCAAUGAAUUACAGGAAGAGCGUCAGAGAAGACAAGAAGAAAAGCAAGCUCGUGAUGAAGCUGUGCAGGAACGCAAGAGAGCCUUAGAGGCAGAACGGCAGGCCCGUGUAGAGGAGUUGUUGAUGAAGAGGAAAGAGCAAGAAGCCCGUAUUGAACAGCAGAGGCAAGAGAAAGAAAAAGCCCGUGAAGAUGCAGCCCGAGAAAGAGCCAGAGACAGGGAAGAACGGUUGGCAGCACUCACAGCAGCUCAGCAAGAAGCUAUGGAAGAGCUGCAGAAAAAAAUUCAGCUCAAGCAUGAUGAAAGCAUUCGAAGGCACAUGGAACAGAUUGAACAAAGGAAAGAAAAGGCUGCUGAGUUAAGCAGUGGGCGACAUGCAAGUACUGAUUAUGCCCCUAAACUGACCCCUUAUGAAAGAAAGAAGCAGUGUUCUCUCUGCAAUGUCCUGAUUGCUUCAGAAGUUUAUCUCUUUAGCCACAUUAAAGGGAAAAAACAUCAGCAAGCUGUGAGAGAGAAUAGCAGUAUCCAGGGGCGUGAACUUUCAGAUGAAGAAGUGGAACAUUUGUCUUUGAAGAAAUAUGUUGUUGACAUUGUGAUUGAAAGUACAGCUCCGCCAGAGCCUGUGAAAGAUGGAGAAGAACGGCAAAAGAAUAAGAAAAAAGCUAAAAAGAUAAAGGCGCGGAUGAACUCCAGGGCUAAAGAAUACGAGAGUUUAGUGGAAACCAAAAAUUAUGGCUCUGAUUCACCUUAUAAAGCAAAGCUUCAAAGAUUAGCCAAAGAUCUUGUAAAACAAAUUCAAGUACAAGACAGCGGCUCCUGGGCAAACAAUAAGGCUUCUGCUUUGGAUCGGACCCUUGGUGAGGUUGCUAGAAUAUUGGAGAAAGAGAAUAUAGCAGAUCAGAUUGCAUUUCAAGUUGCUGGUGGAUUAACAGCCCUUGAACACAUCCUUCAAGUAGUGGCCCCAGCCUCAAACAUGAACACGGUUUCACGAAUUCCUCCUAAGUCUCUCUGCAAUGCAAUCAAUGUUUACAACCUCACCUGCAAUAACUGUUCAGAAAACUGCACUGAUGUUCUGUUUAGUAACAAGAUUACCUUCUUAAUGGAUCUCCUGAUACACCAAUUGACGGUUUAUGUUCCAGAUGAAAAUAAUGCUGUUUUAGGAAGAAAUACAAAUAAACAAGUUUUUGAAGGACUGACAACUGGACUUCUCAGAGCCGGUGCUGUAGUUUUUAGCUGUCUGAUUGCCAACCGACCAGAUGGAAACAGCCGGCCAGAUACACCAAAAAUACCAACACAGGAAAUGAAAAACAAACCCUCACAAGGUGAUGCCUUUAACAGUCGAGUUCAAGACCUUAUCAGCUAUGUGGUGAACAUGGGUCUGAUUGACAGACUGCAUGGCUGCUUCCUCUCAGUGCAAGGCCCAGUGGAUGAGAAUCCCAAAAUGGCCACAUUUCUGCAGCAUGCCGCAGGAUUCUUACAUGGGAUGUGUUCACUAUGCUUUGCUGUCACUGGAAGGUCCUACAGCAUAUUUGACAAUAAUCACCAGGAUCCCACAGGGCUGACAGCUGCUCUUCAGGCCACAGACUUGGCUGGAGUUCUGCACAUGCUCUACUGUAUCCUCUUCCAUGGCACCAUCUCAGACCCCAGCACUACCAGCCCCAAGGAGAAUUACACCCAGAACACCAUCCAAGUAGCCGUUCAGAGUUUACGUUUCUUCAACAGUUUUGCAGUUCUUGAUUUGCCUGCUUUUCAGUCUAUUGUAGGGGCAGAGGGCUUGUCCCUUGCAUUCCGUCACAUGGCUAGUUCCCUGCUAGGCCACUGCAGCCAAGUCUCCUGUGAAAGCCUCCUUCAUGAGGUCAUCGUCUGUGUGGGCUACUUCACUGUCAACCACCCAGAUAACCAGGUAAUUGUACAGUCCGGCCGACACCCCACAGUGCUACAGAAGCUCUGCCAGCUGCCUUUCCAGUAUUUCAGUGACCCAAGGCUCAUCAAAGUGCUGUUCCCUUCCCUUAUCGCUGCUAGUUACAACAACCUGCAGAACAAGAUCAUUCUGGAACAAGAGAUGAGCUGUGUUUUACUGGCCACAUUCAUUCAGGACUUUGCACAGACUCCGGGUCUUGUGGAUAACCAAUCUUCCUAUCCCAAAGGAAAACGUGGGAGCCUGGGGGACUACCUGGAGCUGGCUAACAGAUUUCCUCAGCAGGCCUGGGAAGAAGCCCGGCAAUUUUUCUUGAAAAAAGAGAAAAAAUAAAUGUUUUAUAGCUAA